AGAUAUUUCACCGUGGUCAAGCAAAACCGAACACUUUUUGAGUCGGUGUGAGGUCGAGAAAGGAGAGCUCCCACUUGUGUAGAACUUCUCCUUUCAGAUAUUUCAUUUCCCUUGACGCGAAGCAAUUAACAGCCAUCAUUGGGUUUCAUUUCCUGGUAUAUAUAUCUGUGUUGCUUAACAUUUUCUACGCCUCAACCGCUUACUUUGUCUCCGUUGCACCGCGGUCAACAGACUGUUUCCUGCCACAAUGGCGGAACAAAGCGAAGUCACCAGGACGGUCGAUGAGGGUGUCGUGGAAGAGAACCCCUCUCUCCAGACCGCCCAAACAACAGAAAUGGAAACUGAGGGUCUCCGAUAUGCUGGUACUGAAGUUAUUUGGAAAACCGUGAAAUCGCCGGCUGAAGUCAUCGAAGAGAUGAGAACGUGGCUCAAGUCUGGUGUCGCCCCUGAUGGCACUCGGAUGAUGACUGAAGAAGCCUGGCAAUGGCACCAAGAUUAUUACCAAGCUACCAUCAGAUCGGACCGUCACCGUGUUUGUUUGCCAGAGGGCGCAAGUGUCGACUUCUACUACUGGCAAGCUCCUUAUGUUGCACACAUCGGCGACAUGAAUCUUGUCAUGAUGCAUUCACAAGUAAACCUCUCUGACGGCACUCAUCUCCCAUCAGAUCGCUUGAGAGCAGAUACAGUUUAUUCCAAGCAGUUGAGACAGCUUGCAGAAAAGAGUGCAUAAGUUGAGGCGAGCCGAUGGCCCGAGUUUGUCCGUGAAGCCACGGACCAGCACGCUCACAUGUGCAUGGUGUUCCGCGAAGAGGGUUUUUACCCAGAGCUCUUCUAUCGACUGCCAACCCAGGAAGACGAGGAUCCUCAGGGGAUGCAGUGGUCUGCUCCCGUGCAGACUCAAGCAUGGUCUGCGGGGCUGCCGAAGAAGAUACAGGAAUACCACAAGGUCUCCAUCAGCAGCAGGAGGCUUCGGCUGCCGAUACCGUGUAGUCGUGAAAUGCCACCUCUGGUGCGGUAAACAUUUUCAUGUAAAGGGUGAAGGUUCCCUUGAUUUUUUUCGUAGAAUAGAAGGUACAAGAGGGGAUGACGUUCUGUCGACGUGGCUGGCGGGGCGCCUUGUCAUCCAGGGAAGCAAGGUAUGAUCAACCUCUCUUCACAUCCACCGUUGCGAUUCGCUACUUCCUAAGCAGUAAACAUGUUAGGAUUGGUUAGUUCGGUCACAAAUUAUCAGCAUUACGUAAUUAACAAGCGUUCCUACUACGGAUCAACCUUCUGGAACAUACGCCACAAAUUUCAGCCC